GCACCGAGAUAGGCGUAGACAUUCUCGCGGGGCGAGUCCGGGGCGAUGGGGAUGCGCUCGACGGUGUAGCCGAGGCGCGUGAGAUGAUCGUCCAGGAAGCGGGCGACCGCUUCCUCGUGCUCGCUGUUGCUGGGGACCUCGAUGAGGGACUGCAGGAGGGGGAGCACGUCCGAGUUCGCCAUCUUGCUCUCAGUUCGGGAUAAACAGUUCUAGGUUGUUUCCAGGCGACUGUAAACCGGAUGGUAGGGUUUAAAAGAACUUGAUCAGGAACCCCUCGUGCGGGGUGACAUCAUUCGCAACUGAUAAGAUAGCCCCUUUUUGUCUAUCACAAUGGUUGAGGAUCGUCCCUGAUGGCAGCUCCAGGGCCAAUGACGAUCUUACUGAUCAUAAUUCUCUUAGCUAAAGAACCGGGGAUCAGAGGUUACAUUCGCGGUGACCCACCCCACAUCGUCAGUAUCACGCCAAAUCAAUCCGCUUAUCAUAACACAGAAACAAAACCCCACAUCUCAUUCUUCGCGGUAACAAUUCGAAGAGGAAGGAGCCGUCCCAAUGGGAGGGGCUUAUCUCCCCCGCCCAAUCCUCUUAGUUUAGGGAACCGAGUGCUGUCCGCUCUCCGAUCGUCUCCGAACCAUCGCCACCAGUCGCGCAGUCCAUGCACGACCUCGGACCAACACCGAUCUCGGACGCGGGGUAGGCCGCUGGCCACGGGAAUCGGCUGCUCGGUGGGCUGUCGAUUACGUUCCUCGAUCCCGAACGGAUGUGGAAGGCCAUCCACGGUGCUGACACAUCGUCGCAAAAGCUUUAAGACCAAAUUGGUAGCCCUGUAAUGUCACUGGUUUGGUCUUGAGGAACGAGGAUGCAAACUUUUCGAGCAUGAAAAUCUAGAUGGACGGUCCGAGUAGAGCAGAGAGGGAAGAAAUAGCACAGCGCCUCGCUUCCAACAGGUUGAAACGGCAAGGUUGUGUCCCCCAGUAGGGAGACUCCCUGGGGAGGUCAAUGGCUGGCGUGCGUUUCCCAGCCUUAGGGAGGGAGACUGGCUCUGUGUUAGGCGUGGCCUAACAGAGUAUAGUAUAUAUAGCGUGUCUGGGGAUACUGAGCAAGAGCGCUCAGUAUAGUAUGACUUUUUGGUCGAGUGGUAUGAUGCAGCACCCCAGGGUUGGUCAUAACACUCUGAUCCGCUGCGAGUACCCCUCAACCUCGAAGCCGCUCGCAUGAGGC